AUGUCCCGAGAGGUGGGCUCGUGCCGCAUGGGCACAGGGGCCAGAGCACGGUCACGGAAGCCCAAGAAGCCUCAUUACAUCCCGCGGCCCUGGGGAAAGCCCUACAACUAUAAGUGCUUCCAGUGCCCCUUCACCUGCCUAGAGAAGUCGCACCUGUACAACCACAUGAAGUACAGCCUCUGCAAGGACUCCCUCUCGCUGCUGCUGGAUUCCCCAGGCUGGGCCCGCCGCCCUGCCACACCCAGGCCCCGUGCACCCACCCCUGAUGGUCCUGGGGACUCCUCCGACCCCGGCCGCCCAGCCCCAGGGGCGCCACUGUCAGACACAGCCACGCCUGAUCUUGUCCCUGACAGUCUCUUCCUGCACCGUGGUAGGGGCCCCAAGCCUGGGGCUGAGGGGUCCCCUGGGCCACCACCCCCUGCCAUGAGCGUUUCCCGGAAGGGUCCAGCUCCCAGUGGGCUCCUGGCUGAGUCUUGGAAGGCUGGGCUGGGUGGGGGCCCAAGGGGCGUGGCCAUGGGGGAUGUGGUCUCAGCAGGCCCUGAGGGCAGUGCCCCCUGCUAUCCACCACCCACCCCGGGGGAGUUCCCUGAGGCUCAGAGCCUGCACCUGUCUCUGCUGGGCGUCAACUACCCGCUCAGCCCAGGCCUCUUCUCCUACCUGGGGCCCUCGCUGGCCACUGCAGCCCACGUGCCCUUCCUGGCCUCUGCCGGCCCUCUGCUGCCCCCAGCAGCAGCCUUCCCGGGCCCACAGCCCCCCGAGCGCCCGGCGCUGGCCCCCCGACUGUAUUACCCGCUGCUCCUGGAGCACACUCUGGGGCUGCCAGCGGCCAAGGCUGCCCUUGCCAAGCCCCUCGUGCCCCCAAAGGUCCCCCCUGGGGCCUUGGCUCCUGGUCUGCUGAAGGUGUCAGCUUCAGGGCUGGCUUGGCCCCGCGGCACCCCCAGGGACCCAGAGCAGGAGGGGGAGCUGGAACGGGCCACCCAGAGUGACUCCAAGAGGCGGCUGCCCCUGGGGAGCAGACUGGAGCUCCGGAAGGCGCCCCCCAGCCUGGCGGAGUCCUGCUCCCAGGGCAGCCUGCCCGCUGCCUCCUCUGUGAUGCUCUGUUCUGAGGAAAAGGAGCCGGGCGGCCCCAAGACCCCCGGGGUGCCCCUCCCACCACAGCCUCGGGGCCCAGCGCCAGGAAGCCCGGGACACGUGGAUGAGGACCUGACUCGGGCCCUUGGUGACUACGCCAGGGUGGAGCAGCGCCUGGGACAGCUGGCGCCUGCCGGGGGCCUGGCCCCACGGCCUUUGCGGGAACAGCUGGGCAAAAUUCGCCUGGAGCUGCUGACUAUCCACAGGGCGCUGGAGCGGGCUGCGCGGCCCCCGGACACUCCCCUUGACCUCUCCGUCAAACGGGCACCUGCCAAGGGGCCGGAGACGCCCGAGGGGGGCUGGGGGCAGCCGAACCUGGGUCCCGUGUUGGCCCGGGGAACCCCUGAGCCCCACGGCACGCUGGGCCCCGCGGUGCCCGAGCCCUUCUCCAGCCACACCACCAAAUGUGAGGCCGACUCCAGCGUCCCGCCCCCGGGGCUCCCCCUCCCAGCCCCCGAGGACCCUGUCAUUCCUGGCAGUGGCUGGGGCUCCUGUGUCGGGGCUGGGCACCCCCAGGCCCCCGAGGACACCCGUGGCCUGCAGAGCUCCCCUGGUGCUGAGGUCUGA